AUGAAUUUCAGCAAUAAGAUAUUCGAGGACUUCAACAGUGAUCACCUCCCUGGCAACUCCAGACUUCAAUCGCCAGAAGACAAGGACCCAGAAGAUCGAUUGGAAUGGAAUGUGGAUGAGGACAAGGAUGACUUGGAGGAAGUUGAUAAUGAUGGUUGGGUGGCUGAAAAGGAAGCUGAUUGGGAACCUCCUAUUCAAGGUGCCGAAGAACCGGCUGGCAUCAAUGACGACAAUAUUCCCAUGGACGAAGAAGACAUGUCUUACCAUGAUAAACUUCAUGGGAACAAUUGGGCACCCUUCACCUCAUGCAUCGAUUACGAGGUUGCUCAAUGGGCGAAGGUGCGUGGCCAAGGCUCCACCGCGUUUUCAGAUCUGCUUGACAUCGAGGGUGUCUGCAAAAAGCUUGACCUUUCUUACCGCAAUUCUCGCGAACUCAACAAGAUCAUUGACACCAAAAUUCCAGCUCAUUGUCCUCAUUUUCAGCGACAGGAAAUCUUGAUGGCAGGAGAGGCAUUUGAUGUCUAUUUUUGGGACAUCAUUGAGUGUGUGAAGGCAUUGUUUGGAGACCCUGAACUCACUCCUUACCUCGUGUUUGUGCCCGAACGACACUAUUCAGAUGAGGACAAGACUCAGCACCUCUACCAUGAGAUGCAUACAGGGCAGUGGUGGUGGCACACUCAGAAACAACUGGAGAAAGAAAAACCAUGCACAACAAUCAUUCCCAUUCUGCUCUCAUCUGACAAAACCCAGAUACUUGUCGGUUAUAUUCCAACAACCAAGCUCAAACACAUCACCAACAAAGCUGCAAGGCGACGGUGUCUUGCAAAUCUGUUCCAUGCAUGCAUGCGUCAUAUUGUCUCGCCACUUGUUGACCCAGGGAAGUAUGGGAUGCCAAUAGCCAGUGGUGAUGGGACCAUUCAUCGUGGUCAUCCUCUUGUUGCAUGUUAUAUUGGAGAUUACCCAGAGCAACUCUUAGUGACUGGAAUGAAGACUGGAGAGUGUCUGAAAUGUGACAUACCUUCGACCGAGCUCGGUAGCAAAGACCUUCCAUUUGAGCUGCAGAAUUUGGAUGAAAUCUUGGAUGCACUGGCAUUAUCUGAUGAAGAUCUGACUCAGUUUGUGAAGGCUUGUCAUGAUGCCGGCAUCAAACCUCUAUACCAUCCGUUCUGGGAGGAACUGCCGCACUGUAAUAUAUAUAACGCGAUUACACCAGAUGUUCUCCAUCAGUUAUAUCAAGGGCUGUUGAAGCACAUGAUCUCUUGGAUUAAAUCUGCUUGUGGGGAGGCGGAAAUUGAUGCGUGGUGCAAGUGUUUGCCUCCGAACCACAACAUCCGGCUAUUCAUGAAAGGCAUUUUGGUUCUUAUCAUCAUCAACAUACAUCUGCCUGAUGGUGCAUCACUGGUUAAACUUAUUCAUGCAGUAUGGGGCAUCCUUGACUUUUUGUAUCUCGCACAGUACCCAUGUCACUCUGAUUUAACAUUGACGCUACUCAGUGAGGCACUCAAUCGAUUUCACGAUAACAAAGCUAUCUUCGUGGACCUGGGCAUCCGUUCAUCAUUCAACCUCCCCAAGCUUCAUUCAUUCCGACACUACAUCACAAUGAUUCACAUGUUCAGAACCAUGGAUAAUUACAACACGGAAUAUACUGAACGGCUUCACAUUGACCUAGCAAAGGAUGCAUACCCCCACUCCGACCUCAUAUAUCUCCGACAACCCAAGCUAGUGAAGCACCCAUCUGUUAAAUGGGUGACAUUCGCAUUGCUGGCUGAUCAUUAUGGCACAGUCCAUUUUCAAGCAGCUGUGGCACAUUUCACCAUGAAAGUGAUGCAGCCUAAUUUGACUGUGAGGCAGUCAGAAGACGCUGCCUGCGAUGUCAUUCUCCCAUUCCAGUCCAUUGCAGUAUUCCACAAGGUCUGCUAUGGUACUGUUGAUGAUGAUGGCAUGGUAAACCAUCUCACUGUGGAUGCAAUACAUGCACGACCGGCACGACACAAUGGCCAUAAUAGGAGAGUGCCAGCAAGGUUUGAUACUGUGCUCAUAAAUCUGGGGAAUGGUGGCAAGUUGGGGCGGUGA